UAUCUGGCAAUUUUGAAAAAUGCGCCUAUAUUUAAAAAAGUAACCAUUGAUUAUAAGUAUCUGACAAUUAUAAAAGAUGUGACUAAAAAAGAAAUUGAUGAGUACUUAAAGAUUUUAGAAGAAGUGCCUAAAUCUGAUAAAUCUAAUGAAUUUGAUAAAAUCAAACAAAUCAAUAUAUUAAAGAUUUUGAAAGAU